CUGUCAGUGAAGUCGCCAACGCCACCUGUGACAUCAAGAUUAAGUUCAAUAGCGCGGGAAACAACGGCAAUGGUACAGAAGUCGAUCUUGUCAUUCUUCUCUGCCAAGGCAGCCGGCGCAGGAGAGGCUGAGGGCAGCAGUAGCAAUGCAGGUGGUGGAGGCAGGAGGACCGCCGCCGCUGUUGCCAAAGAGUCGCCCGUGAAGCGGAAAGUGAACAGGAGGAGUCGCAUAAUUGAGAGUGACAGUGAAAGUGAACAGGAGCAGGAUGAGGAGGAGGAGGAGGAGGAGGUAGAGGUGAAGAAGAAUGGCGACGUGGAGGAGAGAACCAAAGGAGUUAAAGGAAUCGAGAGCAGUACACGCAAGAAGCUGGACCAGUGGAGAUUUGACAAAAAGGAAGAAGAAGAAAAUGAAGAAAAGGCGGAGGAGGAAAAGGAAAAUGUAAAAUCCAACAAUACCCCCAAGGAAACACCAGAUGGAAAGAAGGGAAAAGGGAAGAAUGAGAAGAAGGAAAAAACACCAAAGAAGGAAGGAAAGACCCCAAAAGGUAAGAAAACGGAAACAACGAAAAUGGAGAAUGGGAAGAUGACAGAGGAAGAGAAGAUGGAAGUGGAGGAAGAUGAGAAGAGGGAGAAGAAGGAAGCUGGUGAGGAUAAGAGGAAGAAGGGGGAGGAAGAGGAGAUGGGUGGGCAUCCUUCCUCUUCCUUCAUCACCCCCAAGAAAGAGUUGCAGGCUCCUCUUGGGAAGUCUCCCGGAUUCACUCCCGAGACUGUCCCGCCCUUAAGGAAAACAGCCCAGAAGAGGAAAAGUGGAGGCAUGGAAGAAAGUCCGGCAAAUGGAACGAAGAAACAGAAGAAGGAAGAGAAGAAGGAGGAAGACAAGGAAGACAGAACCCCCAAACAAAGGAGAACAAGGAAGAAGUUGAUUGAGUCUGAUAGCGAGGAGGAAGAGGUGGAGAAGAAGGAGGAGGAGGAGGAAGACAAGGAAGAAAAAGGAGGAAAAGAGAAGAAAACAUCACCGGCGCAAAGACCAAAACCAGCGUCCAUUCAUAGUUUCUUCACUGUCAGCAAGAGCAAACCCAAGGAGAAGAAGGAGGAAUUAGAAGAAGAGGAGGAGAAGAUGGAAGUGGAAGAGGAAGAGGAGCACUCCACAUCACCACAGAAGAAACAGAGGGAGGGAAGAGGAAGAGGAGGAGGAGGAGGAGAAAAUGCAGUCUCACGCAUCAAAAUGGAGUGGGAGUCGGAAGAGGAAGAGGAGGAGGAAGAAGAAGGAGGUGGAGGAGGAGGAGGAGGAGGGAAGAAAAAAGCAGUGAAGGAAUUCCCGAAGACAAAGAAGGAGGAAGAGAAGAAGAAGGGAAAAGGAAAGAAAGUAAAGGAGGAGGAGGAGGAGGAGGAGGAGGAAGAGGAAGAAGGAGGAGGAGGAGGGAAGAAAGCAAUGAAGAAAUCCCCAAAGACAAAGAAGGAGGAAGAGAAGAAGAAGGGAAGAGGAAAGAAGGGAAAGGAAGAGAAGGAGGAGGAGGAGAAGAAAGGAAAAGGGAGGAAAACGAAAAAGGAAAUGAAGGAGGAGGAGGAAAAGGAGGAAAAAGACAAGGAAAACACCUCAAAAAUCACCCCAAAAAAGGAAAAAGAAGAGGAAGAGGAGGAGAAGAAGACGCUGAAGAAGGAGGAAGGGCCAAAGAAGACUCUCGUUAAUCCCUUUGCCGCGAGAAUGUCGGGGUCAUCGGGGAGUGACGCCGGGGCCGAUUAUAACCCCAGAAAAGGAAACUACCACCCGAUAGAUGACGCCUUCUGGACUAAGGGACAAAAAGUGCCGUACCUGGCCCUGGCGAAGACCCUUGAGGCGAUAGAGGAGACCAGCGGCCGCCUGAAGAUGGUGGAGAUCCUUGCCAACUUCCUGCGUUCCGUCAUUGUCCUGUCCCCUGAUGACCUGCUCUUCUGCGUGUACCUGUGUCUGAACAAGGUGGCGCCCGCUUUUGAAGGCUUGGAGCUCAGAAUCGGGCCCACCAUCCUCAUCCGUGCCAUUGCCCAGGCAUCCGGACGCAGCGCCGACAAGAUCAAGGCGGAUGCGGAGAGGCUGGGUGACCUUGGGGUGGUUGCGGAGAUGUCGCGCUCCAACCAGCGGGUCAUGAUACAGCCCGCCAAGCUCACCGUGCCGGGCGUCUUCCAUAAGCUGAAGGAGAUUGCGCUGAUGACAGGGCAUGCGUCCCAGACCAAGAAGAUCGACAUGGUUAAGGGCAUGUAUGUAGCCUGCCGAUACUGUGAGGCCAAGUAUCUCAUCCGCUCGCUCGGUGGAAAGCUGCGCGUGGGCUUGGCGGAACAGUCGGUCUUGCAGGCCAUAGCGCAGGCAUGUUUCCUCACCCCCCCAGGCCAGGACUACCCGCCUGAGGUCCUGGACGCUGGUGCCGGCAGGAGCGCAGAGAAGGUGAAGGCUGAGGUGGAUGAGUAUGCGCUUAUUCUCAAGACGACUUAUUGCGAGUUCCCCUCCUACGACAAGAUCAUCCCCGUGCUGCUGAAGGAGGGGCUGAAGGAGCUGCCCAACCACUGCUGCCUCACCCCCGGCGUACCCCUGAAGCCCAUGUUGGCGCAUCCCACGACGGGCGUCUCUGAGGUGCUCAAGCGCUUCGAGAAUGCCAAGUUCACCUGCGAGUUUAAGUACGACGGAGAGCGAGCGCAGAUCCACCUGAAGGAAGACGGGACCAUCAACAUCUACAGCCGGAACCAGGAAGACAACACCUCCAAGUACCCGGACAUCAUCGCGCGCUUCAAGAACGGAGUCGGCAAGGACGUCAAGUCGUGCGUGAUCGACUCGGAGGCGGUGGCUUACGACAGGGAGAAGAAGCGCAUCCUCCCCUUCCAAGUCCUGAGCACGAGGAAAAAGAAGGAUGCGCACGAGAGCGAGAUCACGGUACAGGUGUGUGUGUUCCCCUUCGACCUGCUGUACCUCAAUGGGGAGCCGCUGGUGCGCGAGCCUUUCGAGCGGCGCCGGCAGCUGCUGCGGGAGAACUUCACGGAGGUUGAGGGCGAGUUCAUGUUUGCGCAGAGCAUGGACGCCACCAACACCGAGGACAUUGAGGAGUUCCUGGAGGAGUCCAUUAAAGGUAACUGCGAGGGUCUGAUGGUGAAGACGCUGGACGUGGAGGCAACGUACGAGAUAGCCAAGCGCUCCCGGAACUGGCUCAAGCUGAAGAAGGAUUACCUGGACGGGGUGGGCGACACAAUUGACGCCGUGGUCAUCGGGGGUUACCUGGGCAAGGGCAAGAGGGCAGGUAACUAUGGGGGCUUCCUGCUGGCCUGCUACGAUGAGGACAAUGAGGAGUACCAGUCACUGUGUAAGAUUGGGACCGGCUUCAGCGAGGAGGAUCUGGCCAAACACACGGAGUUCUUCAAGCAACACCUCAUCGACAAACCCAAGUCCUACUACAGGUUUGACAAUGCAGUGGCGCCGGAUCACUGGUUUGACGCGGUGCAGGUGUGGGAGAUCAAAUGUGCUGACCUCUCCAUCUCCCCUGUGCACAAGGCCGCCCAGGGCAUCGUGGAUAAGGAGAAGGGCAUCUCACUCAGAUUCCCAAGGUUUUUGCGGAUCAGAGAAGACAAGACCCCAGAGAACGCAACCUCAGCCUCACAGAUCGCCGAGCUCUACAGGAGUCAGGACCAAAUCAAGAACAGCAAGGCGGACAAUGCUGGAGAUGAGGAGGACUUCUACUAAAGGAUGGGGAUGACCUACGACG